AUGUAUUUUAUGUUCUGUUUAGUUGUCAUUAUAUUUGUUGUUGAUAGCAUUACAGUCAAACAUCAAUUUAAAGAUCAUCAUCCAUUUACAAUUGAUAAUAAUACUCUUAAAAGUAAUGGAAAAUCUCUAGAUAAAUUUAUGCUUAUUCCAAGUAUUGGUUAUGAAAGUAAUAAUGAAUCUGAUAUGUUUACUGUCAUAGUAAAUGGAUGGUACUAUGAACCAUUAAAUCCAAGUUUACUACAGAAUAUAAUUCAACUUAGUUUGCACACAGCACUUGAUCUUUUUGAUAGUAGUACAGCAUUAAGUAAACAAGAAAGAGAAGAACGUUUAGGACCAUUUUUUGUUCGUGAUAUUAAACAACACAAAAUACAAAUUAGACUAAGUAAUUCAGUUUCUCAAAUUGUAACAACAGAUGAUAAUGGUCGAUUUCAUGAAAAGAUUAUUAUUAAACUAUCUGAUGAAUUAACUAUAAAAGGAAAUGUAUUAAAAUAUAUUGCUUCAGAUGAUGAUUAUCAUGAACAAGGCAAUGAAGGUUUUAUUUAUUUAAUGAACAAGAAAAGUAAAAUUGGAUGUUCAAUUAUUUCUGAUAUUGAUGACACAAUUAAAAUAUCUGAAGUACCAGAUAAAAAAAAAUUAGCAAUUAAUACAUUUAAAAAAGAUUUUAAAGCAGUACCAGGUAUGUCUGAUGUAUAUCAAUCAUGGCAAUCGUCUCAUAAAUGUUUAAUACAUUAUGUUAGUGCAAUGCCAUCUCAAUUAUACUAUAUAACUCAAAAAUUUCUUAAUAAAGAAAAAUUUCCCGGUGGUUCAUUUCAUAUGCGUCAUUUAAAAUUAGUUGGUCCGGAUAAAUAUGAUUUGAUAAAAAAAAUACUUGAUUUUGCGAAACAAGAUGCAUCUCAAAAACAUAAAUUACGUGUCAUACAAGAUAUUCUUGAUCAUGCUCCUAUAACGCAACAAUUUACUAUGGUUGGUGAUUCAGGUGAACUUGAUCCGGAAAUUUAUGGAGAAAUUACACGAAAAUAUCCUGAUAGAAUUAAAAUGAUUUUUAUACGUCAUGUUGAAGGUGGUAAAAAUGAUGAUAAUCGUUUUCAAGUUGCUUUUAACGAUAUACCUAAUGAUAAAUGGAAGGUAUUCAACAAGGCAAAUGAAUUACCUCAUAAAUUAUAUAAUGAUAAUGAUAUAGAUGAUGCACCAAUAAAUCCAAAUAAUGAUCUUGAUGAUGAGAUUAAUGCAAUUAGUUUAUCAACAUCUUUAUUUUAUAAUAUCUAUUCAAUACUUUUCAUUUCAUAUUUUACAAUGACAUAUAAUUUCUGUUAG